UUAGUCAGUGUAGUGCGCGGGCCAGAACUGAUAUGUUCAGGUGCAGGUACGUGAUUUGGUUUGAACCACUUGAUUUGUAGUGGAGACGAAACUUAUCCACCUCCGACUCCGCAGCAUCGCCGGCUAUUCACUACUUUUUCACGGAUAACUCUUCUUUCAAACGGGAAAUCUUGUUUAUGGUUCUGCCCGGAGCUUCCAAGAUGUCUCGUACCGACGAGGUCCAUCGCAUAACGGAGAAUGUCUACAAGUCAAUCAUGGAGCAGUUCAACCCCUGUCUGCGCAACUUUAUCACCAUGGGGAAGAGCUACGAGAAGGCCCUCUCCAGUGUGACGUUCGCAGCCAAGGGCUACUUCGACGCGCUGGUGCGGAUGGGAGAGCUGGCCAGUGAGAGUCAAGGCUCAAAGGAUCUUGGGGAUGUGCUGUUUCAGAUGGCAGAGGUCCACAGGCAGAUCCAGGUGCAGUUGGAGGAUAUGCUGAAGUCGUUCCACAACGAGCUGCUGACUGAGCUGGAGAAGAAGGUGGAGCUGGAUGCCCGCUACCUGACUGCUGCGCUGAAGAAGUACCAGAUGGAGCACAAGAGCAAAGGCGAGAGUCUGGAGAAGUGCCAGGCGGAGCUGAAGAAGCUGAGACGCAAGAGCCAGGGUAGCAAGAACCCCUCCAAGUACGGGGAGAAGGAGAUGCAGUACGUGGAGACCAUCAGUGGGAAGCAGAGCGAUCUGGACACCUUCAUCGCCGAAGGCUACAAGACGGCACUGUCGGAGGAGAGGAGGAGGUACUGCUUCCUGGUGGACCGGCAGUGCGCCGUGGCCAAGAACAGCAGUGCCUACCAUGGCAAGGGGAAGGACCUGCUGACUCAGAAGAUCCCGGUGUGGCAGCAGGCCUGCUCAGACCCCACCAAGCUGCCCGAGCGCGCCAUGAUCCUGGCCCAGCAGAUGACGUCUGGCGCCGGCACCCUGGUCUCCAGCCCCCUGCGCUCCUCCAAGACCAACCUGACCAUAUCAGACCCCAUCCCCGGGGCCCAGCCCCUGCCCGUGCCCCCUGAGCUGGCCGUCUUCAUGGGCAGCGGCCUGGGACACCAGGCGAGGCUGAUGGGACCUGAGGGAAUGUCCAUGGUGAAUGGGACGGCCGGGCUCCAUGGGGAGGAGUUUCAGCACUGGGGGGACGGGACCGUGGCCCAGAUCAGACCCUCCUCUCCCCAGGCCCAGUCCCAGGCCCCGCCCCAGAGGCAGGUGACCGAGGUCUACUCCAACACCCUGCCCGUCCGCCGACCCGGGCCCGCCAAGACCAAGGCCUCGGCUGUGGAGACUCGAACCCUGCCCAGGUCCAGCUCCAUGGCGGCCGGGCUGGAGCGCAACGGUCGAACCCGCGUCCAGGCCAUCUUCUCCCAUGCCGCCGGGGACAACAGCACCUUGCUGAGCUUCUCCGAGGGCGACGUCAUCACCCUGCUGGUGCCCGAGGCCCGCGACGGCUGGCACUACGGCGAGAACGAGAAGAACAAGAUGCGUGGCUGGUUCCCUUUCUCUUACACACGUUUGCUGCCAGACAGUGACAGCGAGAAGCUCAAAGUCAACAGUCUGCAUCAUGGGAAGAGCAGCAGCACGGGGAACCUGCUGGAGAGAGAUGACCUGGUCCUCCACGCGCCCGACUACGGGCUGUCCGCACGCAUGCUGGCGCAAAGCCUGGCACAGACCAGGCCGCGCCCCUACAGCAUGGCGGUGCCAGGGUUCCCACAGCCAGGGACUGAGGAGUACGACAACCGUUUCCCUAACAGUGACCCCUUUCUGGAGCUCAGUAUCAGGUCAGCCCUCCACGACGAUCGUUCCGCCCCCAUCUUCUAUUAGAGGAGUCAUCCUCCACUUACACAACCAAGGCUCCUGUAGGGGAGGGGGGUGUUUUGGGGGCAGGGGCUAAUUGCCUCUCGCCACCUCUCGCCCCCCCACCCUUUUAUGACCGCGCCCAGAGGAUCUCCCUUGCCCUCUGUCUUCUCAACUUGAAGGCCGAAAGCCUGUGCUGCCUCAAGCUUCUCCGGCGAGAAUGAGCAGGGAGAAACCGUCACAGGCCACUCUUUACACAAAGUGUGCAUUCAUAUGGCCUUCAUAAAGCCUUCAUAAAGCAUGCAUAGCACCUUUCUUGUCCUGACACAGCACCUUUACAGCUCUUUUAUUGGCAUUUGUGCUGUGUUCUUAACUGUCCUUCAUAAAGCACUGUGUUCUGACAUUGGUGGAGAUGUUAUGACGUGUUUGUAAAGGUGUUAUGGCAGCUUCAUGGCGGUGUUAUGAAUGUGCUUCUGGUAACAUGAGACCAAAAUGUGUGCUAAAGUGUGUUGUAAAUACUCUGUAUGGUAUGCAUACUUCCAAAGCAGAAUGUUAAGGAUAGCUCAUGCCAUUUACUCUUAUUCUUUGUGUUCCCAUUGGAUUUUUGGUUAUUUUACCUGUGUUUGACCAACAAAGCUUUUUGCACCAUAUACUUUGUUUUCAGAUAUUAUUGCACAUAUGUACCUAAACUAAUAGGAAAAAGUUACAUUAUUGUUUUCCCUUUCUGCAGCCAUUUGUAUCAGUUUUGUUAACAAAUUUAUAUUUCUACUCAUUUGAAACUAUACUUUAAUUAUACAGUUUUUUUAGGUUUUAGCACUGCUGCAACGAGACAAUUAAAUUAACCUGUAUGCCAGGUAAAAAAGAAAAAACUUUUAGAUUUUGUUGUGCUGAAAGGGUUUAAAAGUUUUUUGUACAAAUACUGCAAUGAUUUUUCAAUUUUUGUCUUUCAAUUGACAAAGUAAUUUACGAUUGUAUAACUUUGUGUACUGCUGUUAAUAUUGUUGUUGCAGUUGUUCUGAUAAGGCUUUAAUGAAUACCUAAACACAGUUCCAAGACAAUUUUGAGAAAAACAUAUUUUGCCAUUUAAAGAAUUAAGCAAUUCAGCGGGAAGACAUGGGGUCUGUCAGAAUUGAAUAAUUUCUAUUUAAUACACAGAUCUUUCUUUACUGUAAUGGAAUGAAUACCUUGUGAUGGGUUACGAUACAUUCUUUGUAUGGGGUAUAAUUCAUACUAUUCAUUAAUACAAUGUCAUGUUGAAAUACAGUUUGCCUUUCCACUGGCGUGUAUAUGUGUUACUGUUACAAUUUCAACAAAUUUUUUGAACCUGGCUUUCUUCAGUCAGAGGUACGAGGCAAAAAACAUUUGUAAAAUUAUCCGAUUGUAUGUAUACUUUUAAGGUUCGCAAUGACUUUGAUAUUACAAACAUGUUUGACUAUUAUUAUUCUUGAAUCAGGGGUGGUACGCUUGAUAUGGAUUUAGGUUUUUCGACCGCUCAUAUUGCCUUUAGAUACCCAAGCUGUGACAGAGGGAUUCAUAUCGGUCGUUGGUGUCAGUUUACCCAGAACAGCCUGUUAAACCGAAAAUGCAAUAAUGCGAUGUAGAUUUGAUUGUUGAAAACGGUCUGAAUGCUACCGCCCAAGGCUCGUGUUCGUCAGCAAGUCCUCCAUCUGCGGAUCCCCAUACGUUGCCCGCAAGAUCCAUCGCUAGCCUUGCUGCGUUGCCUCAUUUCACCAUACGCUGGGCCGGAGUCGCUACAUGCGGCGAAGCGUUUGAACAAGACCGCAUUCGAUUCUGCAACGUUUCUGUAUCGUCUUUGAAUCGACCUGAAGUUUGUGCGUCCAUGUGUUUAACUGUGCCUUCCACUGCAGUUUUUGGUUUUCCGUGCGCUCGCGGAUUUGACAAAAAGCACCUGUAAACUGCCUAGAGAUAGAUGAGGGGAACCAAAGCACAAAAUGACCAAAACUGCAACUUGCUUUGAUUACAUUUGAUACUGUAUUAAUGUUGUUAUUACUAGUCGUCUUAUUUGUUAAAUAUUUGUAGACUUAUACUGGAAGUAGAAGAUUAAAUCGUAUAGCAUAUUACUGUGAUGCAGAUCUUUUUCUGCAUUUUAAUCCAUGUUUAUUCUGUAUGAACUAAAGGACGAAGACCAUUUCUCGUUUUUUUUUUGUGUUUAAUUUUACUGAGUAGAUACAAUAUCCUAUUUGUCACGCAAUUAUAUGUAAAUACUGCUACAUUAUUGAAAACACAACGGUAUUUCGGCUAGAGCAGAACGGAAUUCACUGCAGGUAAUGUCCCGUGUGGAAACUGUAUAGCCGUUUGAAUGAUCGGUGUCAUUUAUGUGUGCAGGGCAAAACGUGCAUUCUGUGUGUUUGUGCGUGUGCGUGCUUGCUUUGGUAUGCCUGCAUGAGGGAAACAUAGAUUGAGAAAUACUUUUGUUCGCCAAUACUAGAAAAAGAAAUGGAAAUUUAAAUGUUAUUUUUAUACAUGCGCGUGCGCAUUUAAAAGGCAGGGCAGUUUAACAGAUGUUUAAGGUUUCCCGGUUUGUGAGCAUUUCCUUCUUUCUUGGUGUUUUAUGUUGCUCUGUGCACCCCUGUCCUGUAAAAAACACAUAAAUUACACUGUAUAAAAUGGAACAGAAUAAAGUUGAUGAAACUGUC